GGCUGUCCCAUAACUUGAUGUCUGUGCAAUCGAGGUGUUUUUUGUGUGUUGUUGCUGCAAGGGAUGCGACAGCCAGCCCCUCCUAAACCUGACAAGACUGGCCACAUAGUCUUAUUGAUCUUGGUAGGCUUUGGUCUGGACUGAUGAUUCAUCCUGUUUGCAGACCCGUAAAAGUGAGCAUUCAUUAUGUGUUUUUCACUGGGAUAAUUGUUACUACCGCAGCUGCUUCCACGGUCCACGGGGACCGGUCGGUGUUUUGCCAGAUUGUGCGCUAUGGUCCGUCUGUGAGUUGAUGAAUGGCGGACCGGCUCGGAAUACGCAAGCGCCAUAUAGGUUAUCUGAAUUUUGCCUACCUGCUUGUCUGUUUUCCCAGUUGCCUCGAGUUUAUUUCGUACCAUGUGAGACGUAAAACAGCUACUGAGAUUUUAAAGGUGAACGUAUUUCACUUUUAUGUUUAGAUUUGAAGGAGUUAUCUCAGGGGGUUCCGUACUUGGAGCUCUCCGCUUUACUGUUAGCAGUUCACAUCCUGAAGUCGAAGUACACUUUUCCUGUUCAUCAUACCGACGAUCGAUGCAGCCAUGCAGGGUGAAGCCGGGAUGUUCUAAGACAGCUGUAUAUUCCUUUUUCUGUCCAAGGAUCAGGUCACCCGACGCUGAAGUGAAGUCUCACAGACCCUGAGAGAACAGAACCACUGGGUCCAACUCCAGCAGCCUGACCUUAGCUUCGAGGAGCCCUCUGACCAGCCUCUGAACCUACAUAGAUGUUUCAAGGAACCCUUGCAUUGAGACGUGCGUCUCCCGGGCGACGGCGGGCAAUGCAUUCUGCCUAGACUCCGGAUCAUACACCCACCCACCCCUCUCCUCCCUCCACCUGCCACGGCCAACCUAAAGCAGCCAUGAACCCCCAAGAAACGGAGAUCGGCCAGGAGCCGGGCGAGGAAGUUGAAGCUGACCUACCCCCUCCUCAGCGCCGUCGCCGUGACAACAACACGGCCACCGCCAACAAUGGGAUAGCCAGGCAGCCCAGUGGCCACAGCAGGGAGAACAACAACCAUGCGGCGCCACGUUACCGAAGACAUACUGAUGCCUCAGGUGGCAGCAGGGCCAGAGGAGCCCUACAGCGCAGGUCAUUGGAGGAGCCAGAGGCAGAGCUGCAACAGGGGGCCCGGUCUCCUCCACAACUGCAAGCCCAGGGUCAGUCUCAGCCAAUCCCACGGCCUGCGGUGACACGUUACCGCCGACAGGGGGACAGCGAGGCCAGGCUAAGGGCGCAGCAGCAAAGACACAGGCAGAGACAGCAAAGGGAGGCUGAGAGAACCCAGCUACAACAACAACCUCUGCCGACUGCACUGCCUGUCCACCUUCCACGACAGGGACGAGAGGAGCCAGAAGAGGAUGAGGGCGAGAGGGAUAGUGAGGGGGACGACUCUGCAUUAGCCCGUUCGGGCAGCACAGAGAGCGCCUUCCAUGCGCACUCGGACCGUGCGGAAGGUGACGCGGUCAUGGCCGCAGACGCUGAGGCGGAGGAUGAGGGCGGUACCUAUGAGGUGACUCUUCGCCCCGAGGCAGAGGGAUACACGGAGAGUGCCGAGUCGGAGCAGCAGUAUCCACAACCCCGCCCCAACCUGAACCUCAACUACCCACCACAGCCUCCACCCUUACCCCGAGGACCUCUGCCGGACAUUGGGAGGCCCCCCAAUCAGGAGGAGGCAGAGGAGACCCUUAACCCAGGAGGUGGUUACUCUAACUAUGUUUAUAGCCAGCCUCUGUAUCGUCGUGGGGGAGGGGCCAGAGUGCGGGACAGCAGUGUGGAGCAAGGGGCGGAGCCCGAAGACGAGUCAUACUCCGAACCCUACGACUACACCCUGACGGAACACGUGUACGAGGAGAUUGGCGUUGCCUCAGUUGAUGGUGUAGAGCCUACCGACGCCAACAAGAACCUCCAGCAGAGGAAGGCUGGGUUCCGUCUUUUCGAGGGGCGGGAUGGGGGAGGGGACUACCGGCAGCAGGAGGCGGUGGGAUCGAGGCUGCACCACUAUGACGAGCGUUCAGACGGCGAGUCCGACAGCCCGGAGAAGGAGGCAGAGUUUGCGCCAUACCCACGCCUGGACAGUUGUGACCAAGAUGGCGAGGAGGACAUCGACAUGAUUGUAGCUGAGGUUAGGGAGAGCCUCAGCUCUCAGAGCCUGGAGAGUGCAGCCACUGGGCUGGGGGAGGGUGAAGAAACGGUGACGGACGGUGGAGAGGAGGAGGAGGAGGAGCUGUCCAACCGCUACAAGGGAGAGAUGAAAAUAGAGGGGGACGAGAGAAGAGGAGGGAACAUUCCUGCGCCAGGAGACAUUCCAUCCGAGGCGGUUCGUAACAGCCGGGAGAAGAGAGAUGCCAUCUCCCUGGCCAUUAAGGAUAUUAAGGAAGCCAUUGAGGAGGUGAAGACCAGGACGGUGAGGUCUCCAUACACCCCCGACGAGCCUAAAGAACCCAUCUGGGUGAUGAGACAGGACCUGAGCCCCACCGCCGAGUGUUGUGACCUGCAGCCCUCACUAGGGGGCGACUCUCCAGGUUCAGAUUCUCAGACCUCUCCUCAGGGAGCAGAAUCUUCAAUCCGGACACCCAUGCUUGAAGGGAGUGACAGCUUUGAAUCUCCAUCCCUUUCCACUAAAGAGACCAGGAGAAGCCUGGCUUCAUUCCCUACUUAUGUAGAAGUCCCCGGUCCGUGUGACCCAGAGGACCUGAUUGAUGGGAUCAUCUUCGCUGCCAACUACCUGGGAUCCACCCAGCUCCUGUCCGACAAGACCCCGUCCAAGAACGUCCGCAUGAUGCAGGCCCAGGAGGCUGUUAGCCGCAUCAAGACGGCCCAGAAAUUAGCCAAAAACAAGAAGAAGCAGGCCCCAGAGGGUGAAGCCCAGCCCAUGACCGAGGUGGACCUGUUCAUCUCCACCCAGAGGAUCAAAGUCCUCAAUGCUGACUCACAGGAGACAAUGAUGGACCACCCACUGCGCACCAUCUCCUACAUUGCUGACAUCGGCAACAUCGUGGUUCUGAUGGCGCGCCGCCGCAUGCCCCGUCCAGACUCUGGCGUGGAGGCAUCAGACCCAGUUGAGGACGAAAAGAAACAACAGUACAAGAUGAUCUGCCACGUCUUUGAGUCUGAGGAUGCCCAGCUGAUAGCACAGUCCAUAGGCCAGGCCUUCAGUGUGGCUUACCAAGAGUUCCUGAGGGCUAACGGAAUCAAUCCAGAGGACUUGAGCCAGAAGGAGUACAGUGACCUGCUCAACACCCAGGACAUGUACAACGACGACCUCAUACAUUUCUCCAAGUCUGAGAACUGCAAAGAUGUUUACAUUGAAAAGCAGAAAGGUGAGAUUCUGGGUGUGGUCAUUGUGGAAAGCGGGUGGGGCUCCAUCCUGCCCACGGUCAUCAUCGCCAACAUGAUGCAUGCUGGUCCAUCUGAGAAGUCAGGUCGUCUAAACAUUGGAGACCAGAUCAUGUCUAUCAAUGGGACCAGUCUGGUGGGAUUGCCACUCUCUACAUGCCAGACCAUUAUAAAGGGUUUGAAGAAUCAGUCUCGUAUCAAGCUGAACAUUGUCCGGUGUCCUCCCGUGACCACAGUGCUCAUCAGACGACCUGACCUCAGAUACCAGCUGGGCUUCAGCGUACAGAACGGCAUUAUCUGCAGCCUUAUGCGAGGGGGCAUCGCUGAGAGGGGAGGGGUUAGGGUCGGCCACCGCAUCAUUGAGAUCAAUGGCCAGAGCGUGGUGGCCACACCUCACGAAAAGAUUGUCCACAUCCUGUCCAACGCUGUGGGAGAGAUCCACAUGAAGACCAUGCCAGCUGCCAUGUAUCGCCUGCUAACGGCCCAGGAACAACCUGUUUACAUCUAGAGCUGAUUUCCUUCUAUGACCCCUGACCUUUUGACCCUUCAAAGACCUUGCCCGCUGAAUAGUCAACUUUGACCCUUUAUCCAGAACCCUGAACUGCAACAUCAUUGCACCUCAGUGUGGGAGCAUCUCUUCCGCCUUCCUCAGAUCCUAGCUGACUAUUAGAGGCUGAAGCUUCCUAAGCCUUAAGAGUUGACUGAUGCAUUGGAUUCCCAUUUUAACCAGUCCAACAAUUUGGCUGUUGAGAGUCGAGUUUGGCUCCUUUUUCAAGCCCCCUCCCAUUCUGACGGCCAACUGUUCAUUGACCUUCCUUUCUCUCUCCCUGUCGGUCUCUCUCCCAUCUUUCUCUGUGUGUCUCUGUUUCUUUCCCAUCUUUCAGUCUCUCUUCCAUCUGUCUCGGGCCGUGUCAUUCUUCUGCUGUGCUGUCGAAUCCCUCCGUGUUCUCCAACAAAACAAAGAGAGAGGAAGAGAGAGGAAGAGAGAGGAAGAGUGAGACCUGCUGAUAAAACUGGGUUACCACUCCCUCCUCGUCCUUAAAACAUUCCAUGCCUUUCAUUUAACGUUAACAAGAGUGCCAGCAGGGAUGAAAGACUUUCCCCAGACUCUGGAAUUUUUACUAAUCAAGCUCAACAAAACAAACCGUGCUCAAGUUCCUGACUAGUUUUUUCUUAUUUUAUUUGGUCUAUGAUUUGGGCUAUAACAAAAAUUCACAGUUCCUUUCUCACUCUCCAAUGUCUUCUAGUUGUCCAGGGAGUCCUAUGCUGACCUAACGAUUUCUAACUUUCAGAGGAAUUCACAUUCCCAAACAAAGUGCUGUCCAGGAAAGACGUUCCAAAAGGAUGGAGGCUCAGCAUGGCUCCGUGCACAGUUUUUAUUGGAGCCAUCACACGGUCAUGUGCACAGUUUCUGUUCAUCCUGGGGCCUCUGCCUCAUCAAAGUACAAUAUCUCAUUUUAAUGUCACUUUGAGACCAUAUGUUACAAUUCACAUAGACUUGGUAUGAAAACAACAUGCCCAUUCCCUAUGUAGUGCGUUAAGCAGGGUUCUGUUGAAAAGUAGUGCUCUAUUUUAGGGGAUAAGGUGUCAUUUGGGCCACACUUUACAGGACUGCAAUUGUCGAAUACUGUAGGAUAAAACGGCCGAACAAAAGCAGUUUUGAUUCAUUUUAAUCUGAGAUAGCAAAGGUCGACCAGCCACAAAAUACCUCGCUCAAGCCUCAGAUUGUGUUACAGUACAACCUUAAUGUGCAAUUAAAUGAUUUUGUAUUUUACUUUCUAGAAUUUUACAUUCCUCUGUAUUAUUUAGUAGGACAUGCUUUAAGUAUUUUUUGGGUUGUAGAAACUUCUGCAGUGUUUAUGCUAGACUGUACUGUAAUUCUAUGGGCGUCAUAUAUUGCUUUGCAUUUGGAUAGCAAUCUUUAUACUUGAAGGAUACUUGUCAUUGCACAGGACAUGGGCCAUUAUUUAGUUGUUUAAAAAAGUAUUUAUUAUUAUUUUCUAAUUCUGUUUUGUCUAGCAAAUGGGAUGAAAUGAAGUUACUUUGCAAGUCCUCAAAUUGAUCGGUGUUAAAGGGUAGAACCUCCCUUAUAGUUGCCUUUCUGGCUGAUUAAUGAGGUUUAAGUGUUUUUGUUUUCUAGCAUCUCACUAGAGCAAGAUGUGACAACUGUGGCAGCUACAAUGGAAGCAUUAGAGCCCUGUUUAUACCAGUGUCCAAAAUGUGUAUAGAAAGAAUUCUGGACAAGAUUCGAACAAAGGCUGAAUGUUAGAACCAGGUAUAAACAGGGCCUGAGUCAUGGUAGUAAAUUAAUGAGAUGUUUUGAUUAUGCAGUGGGAGGAUAAUUUGAAGUGGAAGAUAGAUGACCACUGUUCAUUUUAUUCUCACAUGUGAGAAUAAACGGCACUAAUAAAAAAGUGUAACACUUUAUUUUGAGAGUCCCAAUUUCCAUCUGUAGGUAUUCUAUAGACGGUAUACUAUCAAAAAGUUUCUGUUGAUAAUCAACUUCAUACUACAGUUAGGAUACAUGUUAAAAUGAUUCGUAUUUAGUUGAAAUGUUACGAAAGUCAAUAGGAAAACUACAGAGCAUCUAUAGAAACACUGUUUGGACUCUCCAAAUAAAGUCUUACCAGAAAAUGAAGUAUGAAAAUGUAUGUACUCACUACUGUAAAUUGCUCUGGAUAAGAGCUUCUGCAAAAUGACUUACAUUUAAAAUAUGGAUGAUUCUUCAUCCAUAACCUCGUACCUUCCCCAUUAGUGAUCUGUCCGGCCUGCUGUAUUCAUUUUCAAAGCUCUUUACUUCCUCACAUUGACAAAGAAGACUGUCAUCUCGCUCUGAUCACAUUCUGACCCUGUUUAUACCUGGUUCUAACAUGUCUUUUGUUCUGAUUUUGUCAAAAUUCCGAUUUUGCCCACUUUUUUCUUAAAACAGAUGUAGACGAUUAAAAGACACUCAGAUUGUGAUCAGUUCUAAAACCUCAUUUUCGGAAGCUUCCACCUCAUUGAUGGUGAACUUGAACCCAGACCCCCCCCCCCUUGUCCCCUUGUCCCCUGCGUCACACCCUGCCUGAGACAAGCAUCCUCUGGUCUUGUGUUUACAAAGAAUUGUCACGGGACAGUUUUCGGCUUGUGGGACACAUUACGACGCUACACCUACUGAACUGCUGCUGACAUCUGGGCCUGUGUUCCCCCCCAAACCAUUGAUUGUUUAGCUCUAGCUCAUCCCUAAAGCUAAUUUUGGCCUUAGAACUAUUACUGAACUUUUGAUCAUAUUGAACUACUAACUUAACAACACAGAAUACGUUCCUUUCAGUUCGACCAUAUUACGUUCGAGCAUGGUCUGUCUGUGGAGUCGUCAGACGAUGAAAUGCUGUAGAAUUCCUGCUUCUAGUGUGUGUGGCGUGAUAACUUCUUUACUCCACGUUAAACCAAAACCAGCUGGAAUACAUAGUAAUAUAUACAUGAAUAUAAAUAUAAAGGUAUAUAUACUUCUAACAGUUUUUUCGUGUGUUGACAUUGGAUUGAACGUAUAAGCACUGACUAACAAGGAAGUCAAAAAGAGAAUUCUGUGUUGUGGCUAGGGCCCUCUAACCUGACGAAGAAGAAGCAGGUUUCAUAUGAAGUAGAUGGAGGUGAUUGUGUGAAGACAUAACUGUACAUAUUUGGCUAGAGCACAAGGUAACGAACACAGGGGCGUAUUGCUAGCGACGCCCUGUCCAUGUUGUAACCCCUUGUUAACGGAUGGGGGAACAAACACGUAUGAGUAGACUGUGACUAAGUAAUGGGCUAACUAGUGUUUAUAAUGCACUGUUUUGAAUGUAAUUAAUCUUAAACUGUUUGUCGACAUGUCUGAAAAUGAUAUUAUAAAAACUAAGAAACUACAUGGAUUAAAAAAUAAUAACUUUCUGUAAAAGCUACGGCAAUGUUAAUUUAUUUGCUGGCUUUCCUGUGAUGUUACAGUUCAUGACCUACAUUCCCUUGCCAGAACUGGAAUGUUUGUAACAGCAUUUACAACAAUAAACUACUUGCAGACGAAUGGACUCGUGUUUUUUUACGGCAGGAUUUUUUCCAUAAGAAACUACAACCCCCAGCACCAACGUCACCACAGGUGUGGCUUCACUUUCUGAGAAUGAAAAGUUUGUGCCCACAGCAUAGACCGUGUGUAACAAUGCUACAGAGCAUUUGAAUAUCCUCAGGCUAAAUUAAUUACACCUAAACUGAGCAUACUAGGACUUAAUACUCAGGUACUGCAUGACCGGUUUAAUUCAGGCUUAAAUACGAGGCAGUUGGUGUAGGAUUAAAUGUACUUAAUGCACUGGAUAGAAAAAGUAUAUCAUAUUUAUAUCAUCUUUAUCCCAUAGAUUAACUUUUAAAAAUUAAUACCUAGAUCUGGACCAUAGAAUGUACUAGUCCGGCAGAUAUCAUCCCUCCCCAUGUAGUUAGUGGAUCUGUGUUUUUGCCAAUUUACAGUUAGGGGUUUGAUAAGGCUAUAUGACGCAUUAACCGUGAAUGCGUUUUCCUUUAAAAGGUGUUUAGCUUAAAGUGG